GAGGACUCAAGAAUAUGAUAUCUAGCCAGCCCAGGCCAGGCGCUGUCAGGGGCAGCCUGGUUGUCAUGGCAGUCGGGGGCUUUCUUCCCGCCCGUCGCGCCGGGUGCUGGCAGUGGACUGGCACCAGUACUGGCACAGUGUCGGUAUCGGGGGAAGAUGUCAGAGAAUGAGAAGGGGCAGCAGCCGCCGCCGGGAGCGGACACGGAGCCGCGGCCCAGUUUUCGGCUGACGGUUACCAAGCGGGAGCCGGCGGUGCGGUUAUUGCACCCGGUGACCGGACUCGAGCCGCUGUCAUGGUCGGAGGAUCACCGUCUGUCCGUGUGCACCGACAGCAACGUCUCCGUCCUGGAGCAGGUGUGCGAUAUCCACGGCAGCAACCCGGAGCUCACCCUGCACCGCACCUGCGUGCCCGCCCCGCUCCAGACCUGCAUCCUCCGGAUUGGUUCACCAAAAGAAGUGGAACAAUGUAGAGCGAGUUUUGUCCAAUCAAAAGACCCAACAGUCAGCCAGAAGUUUAUGCUAGACAGAGUCUUCAAUCCAGAUGGGAAGUCACUUUCCCCCUUGCAAGGAUACAAGUAUGCCUGCUGGUCUCCUGUGGGCUGUGACGCCAAUGGGAGGUGCCUCUUGGCUGCCCUAUCAUUGGAUAAUCGGCUGAUCGUCCAUGCAAACUUUGACCGGCUGCAAUGGAAACAGCUGGCUGACUUAACGGAAAUGUACGGUGAGCGCCUCGCACAGAGUAACUACACGGUGACUGAAAAUGGCACCCAUGCAGAAUUAGAUAACUUUCCAGAGUACGAAAGGCGCCACAGCAUGCAGACCCCGGUGAGGAUGGAGUGGUCCGGGAUAUGCACCACACAAGAGAUACUGGAAAACAAUACGUGUCGAGAUGUAGGCACAGUUCUUUUGGCCGUUCUCUUUGAAAAUGGUAACGUUGCAGUGUGGCAAUUUCAGCUCCCCAUAAAAGACAGGUCAUCCAUUAUUUCAUGCAACACCAUUGUGUCGGGGAUUGAAUCUCCAAGUGUAUUGUCGUGGUGGGAGUACGAGCACAGCAACCGUAAAAUGAGUGGACUUAUAGUCGGCAGCAGUUUGGGUCCUGUUAAAAUCAUUCCAGUGAAUUUAAAAGCCGUCAAAGGGUAUUUCACAUUGCGGCAACCGGUAGUCCUCUGGCAAGAGACUGAUCGUCUGCCGGUCCAAAGUAUCAAGUGUAUAGCGCUUUAUCAUCCUUACCAGAAAUGUAGCUGCAGCCUUGUGGUGGCGGCUCGCGGAUCAUACGUUUUCUGGUGUUUACUGUUGAUAUCAAAAGCCGGUCUCAAUGUUCACAAUUCCCAUGUGACUGGACUUCACUCUCUACCGAUCGUCUCUAUGGCUGUCGACCGACAGAAUGGAACCAUUUACACUUGUUCUAUUGAUGGCAAAGUCCAACAAUUGAUACCCAUCUUCACAAACGUUGCUUUGAAGUUUGAACAUCAACUCAUAAAGUUGUCUGAUAUGUUCGGCAUGGUGAAAUCUCACGGGAUUGCUGUGAGCCCCUAUGGGGCCUACCUUGCUUGCAUUACCUCAGAAGGUAUGACCAACGGAAUUCAUCCGGUGAACAAAAACUUUCAGGUUAGUUUUGUGGCCCUCAAGACGUUUGAGGAAGCGGCAGCCCAGCUCUUGGAGAGCUCCAGUCAAAAUCUCUUCCGGCAGAUGGACCUGACAGAUCUGGUACGCUGGAAGAUCCUGAAGGAUAAGAUCAUUCCUCAGUUUUUGAUGGAUGCCUUGGACAAAAAGAUUGAGGGAGGACCAUUGUUCUUUUGGCGCUUCCGUCUUUUUCUUCUUAGAAUUUGGCACCAGUCGUUCAAGAAAACCUCCUCUGAAGUGGUGUGGAAGCCAUCUCAUAAGGAACCUAAGGUUUCAAAGCCUGAGGAUAGUAUUGUAGAGGACAGCAUCAUGGAAGAGAAGAAGGGCCAGGAUGAGGAGGGACAAGUGGGCCAGAGGAGUCCUAGUAAAACUACAGCAGAGCCUGAUGUAGAUUGUUCAUCGGCUGAAGAAGGACUAGUUGAAAUCCAGCAGAAAAUUGAGGCUGUGGAGGGACAUUUAAUCCGGGAACACAUGAAGCAUGUCCUGGGGGAAGUCUAUCUGCACACGGGCAUCACUGAAUAUACAAGUAUUCCUACACGUGGCGUCUGUGCAUAUUUAAUGGCCAAUAAGGACAGUGAUGACCGGACAGCACAGGUGCUCAUUGGUCACGUUGAGAAGAAAAUGAAUAAGCAGACCUUUCCGGAGUACUGCAGUCUGUGUAAAGAAGUCUUACCAUUCACUGAUAGUAAGAAGGCGCUCUGCCCCAACGGACACCUGUGGCUGAGGUGUUUCUUGACGUUCCAGGCCUGUCAGAAUCUAGAGUACCGGAGAUGCUUGCUUCAUGAUAGUAUUGCAAGGCAUCCAGUUACUGAAGACCUGGAGUGGAUUAAGAGAUUACUGAAAGGACCUUGCACACUUUGUGACUCUCCUGUAUUCUAGCACACUUUGUGUAUGUGUUAUAGUUCCCUGAGCACAGAUCAUGUACAGACGAAACACACCAGCGGUGCAUUAUUUAUUUAUAAUAACGCCUUCUGCAUCGGACGUCGAACACCGCUUCUGCUAGCCGAAAAGUAGACCUGCCAUUUACUACAAUAGCACCAACAAACCAUGUGCUGCAGCCAAUCACCUUCAUCUUCCCUCAGUCUUUCUAACCUGCCAAAAACUGGUAUCUGAUUUGUAGGUUGUUAUGGGUUACAGUAAAAGAUUGCUCUUUGCGCCAUGUGGUGAAAUACAAAGAGAAGAUGUCCGCCGACUCCCAAGCCUUCAAGCUUUAAAAGAAAAAAAGAAAAGAAAAUUCAUUAAAAACAAAUGGAAACUGUAUUUAUUUUUGCAUGCUUUAUCCAUUACAGUUUGUAUGCUAUACUGUAAGCAAGACCUUACUUGCAAUAUUUCAGGCAAAUCUGCUGAGGCCUAUAUAUACCUUUUGUGUUGUGUUUUUAGGUUUCUGAGAGACGGAGGAAUUUUGCUUGCCAUACAUUGGUAAUUGGAACUGCAUGUGCUAAAAUCCAGCAUUAAUUACUUUAUUAUCCAUCUGCUUAAAAGUGAAUUUAUAAUCUUGGUUUUUGGUGUCCACUUGUAAGUAAAUCUUUAAAAAUGCUUAUUGGAGGCAGCCAUUUUGUGGAAAUGACAAAUAUAUUUUCUUAGGGAUGCAGCCUAGGAGCCAGUGACACCAUUCAUUGCCAUGUUGUUGUAUUAUCAUGCUCUCAGUUGUCAUUUUUGUACCUUAUUUGUGUCACCUAUGCCUAGUUGACUGAAAGGCUACAUUCUCUUGGAUAUUAUUGUGUGUUUUGUACACUUAGUAAUGUCACUGGUUCCUAGUGAACGGAUAGGUCACAUGCUUAUGCCCACAAAAUGGCUACUACCACAGAGUGCAGAUGACACUUUAAAACAUUGUACUUUUUUUUAUGACAUACAAUUUAAUUGAAAUGUUUUUAAUCUUUUUCUAAGGAAAAGGGUAAGCUAUAUAGUACACCAGUCUGGAUAGAAAUGUUGUACAUAACAUACUACCUGUAUAACAGUAAUAAUGAAGUGAGAUAUACUUUCAGUGACAAAACUAUAUCAACAGACCUCACUAAUCAGUAUAUUUAAAGUUUUCACAAAGGUACUGUAGCUGAUAGCAACCAAAUCAGUAUUUACUGCAAAUUGCACUAAAGCCAAAUCAGUUAUUAAAGAUUAUGUGGGAUAUCGUGUUAGCAGCUGCUAAUAGAUUUCCCAGGGGCUAUCCUAUUGGGUGUAGUAUGGUUUGCCAGCGGUCGGGGUCCCGGCGACCAGCAUACUGGCGCCGGAAUCCCGACCGCCGGCAUACCGACAGCUGGGCGUGUGCAAAUUAGCCCCUUGCGGGCUCGGUGGUGCACAAUCUAUUCUCCCUCCAGUGGGGGUUGUGGACCCCCAAGAGGGAAAAAAGAUGUCAGUAUGCCGGCGGUCUGGAUUCUGGCGCCGGUAUGCUGGUCACCGGGAGCCCAGCCGCCGGCAACCCGAAGACCACCCAUCCUAUUAGCUAUCUUCCCCCAUUGCCGACACAUCGGGGAAUAUGCUUCAGUGGCCUUAGGCACUCGGAA